AUGUCUACUUCAACCGCCACCGCCUCCACAUUGCCCGACUCCUCUCGACCGGGGCGUCUCCGCCGCUUCAGUCAACUCCGCGCAUACACCUCAAACCUCUCAUCCCCAAGUGGGCAACGGGGCCGUCGCCAAUCUUUAUCCAAUCGACUUUCUUGGCUAGCGCCAACAUCAGGCGACUGUCCCCAGGCUCAGGAUCUGAAUUUUUCCCCAGACGCUGCCUCGUCAGCUUUGUCUCGCUAUACCACAGCGCCCGACUCUAGUCAGCGGGCUAAUGAUCUAGCAUCAUCUCCCGACUCCACGUCUUCCCCUUCUAGUGAACCUAGAACUCUCUCAUCAAAUAUGGCCCGACUUCGAAGUGUGUCUGCUGUAUCUGGUCGUGGAGUUCGAGCAGGUCGUACAGUGACCCCAGAAUCGCAGGCUCAAUCUGCUGCACCGCCAGUGCCAGUAGUCCCUCUGACACCCACACCGACCCCCGCACCAACCUCAUCGCCCGAACCACCUGUGCCAAGUGAUCAUUUAGACCUCCCGAGCCCAACCCCGACUGAUUCGCAGAACCCCAACAAAUCCAAGCGAGCCACGAUUCGAUUUUUCCCUUACCAAGACACCUUCCAAAACUCGCGGCCUUCAUUACCCUUUGUGCCAGUCAGUCGGACACUUCCAUCCGAGAGUUGUGUGGUUCGAGUCGGUCGCUACUCUGAGCGGGAUGGAAUUCCAGUUCCAAAUCCCACUGAGCCAUCAGAUGCCCCCGUUGGAUUUAAAUCCAAGGUAGUGAGCCGCAAGCAUUGCGAGUUCAUGUACAUCAAUGGCCAGUGGCACGUCAAAGAUGUGGGUAGUUCAUCGGGGACUUUUUUGAAUCAUAUGCGCCUUAGUCAACCCAAUAUGGUUUCUCGUCUGUAUUCUAUCAAGGAUGGAGAUAUUGUGCAGCUAGGAAUUGAUUUUCGGGGAGGCGAGGAAAUGAUCUUCCGUUGUGUGCGAAUUCGUAUUGAGUGUAAUCGCUCUUGGCAGCAGCAACCCAAUGAGUUCAAAAUCUGGGGAAGGGAGAAACAUCCGAUUAUUCCGGUUGCCGAGAAUGCUCUAUCUGCCUUGGUUCUGUAUUGGUUCGUUGUUCCAGGUCCACUUUUUCGACCAUAUCAAUGUCUUUUUAUGGCGGCUUGUGCUCAUGUUUGGCAUUACAAAUGCAUCAGUCGUCUUCUUCACUCUCCCGAUUAUCCCAUGUUUCAGUGUCCGAACUGUCGUGCUUUUACCGAUUUGAGUGCUGAAGUUGACGACACAAAUGAUUAUGAGGCCGAGGGCAACCAGGCCAAAGAUAUUUCAACACCAGCUACUGAGAUUGCCAAUGCCCAGGAUUCUCGCUCAGCGACACAGUCACCAGCCAAUGUUCCCACUAAUGGUGUCUUGACUGGUAUCGCCAACGAUGAUAUCGAAAACCGCAGUCAGCAUGAUAGUAUUCCAGAGGAGCCUGACUUGGUGACCGAUGUGGAGAACAUGCAUUUGAAUGAGAGACCCGAUUUGGAUACAGAGGAUAGCAGAAGCACAGACUCCCCCGCCCCUAGUGGCAGUAAUGACGAUCUCGUGCGAAGUGCUGCUACUCAUAUCCCGGGCUGGCAGCCUACCCAACCUCUCAAUGUCCCACUUGGUUCUCACCUCCGUGUCGAUACGCCAAAUCGCUCAGAGACCUCUGAUGAUAACCCCUUGACUCCUCGAAAUGACUCUGGUCCACUUGCCUUUGAUGGUCGUGCAGGGGUACGCUGA